AUGCACAGCCUGGGCACAAGAGGAGGCAAAGCAAAGCCCACACUCCAAGGCUGGCUGCUCCCUGCCCCUCUGCAGCAGGGCAGACCUGCUCGGGGCAGGGGCAUCCUGGCCUGGAUCAGGAGGUGUGACCAGCAGGAGCAGGGAGGUCAGGAUUCUUCCCCUGUCCUGGGCACUGGUGAGGCCACACCUCGAGUGCUGUGUCCAGCUCUGGCCCCUCAGUUCAGGAAGGACAUUGAGAUGCUUGAGCACAUCCAGAGGACAACGAGGCUGGAGAGGGGCUGGGAACACAAACCCUGUGAGGAACGGCUGAGGGAGCUGGGGGUGUUUAGCCUGGAGAAAAGGAGACUCAGGGGUGACCUUAUCACUCUCUACAACUCCCUGAAAGGUGGCUGUAGUCAGGUAGGAGUUUGUCUCUUUCUCCAGGCAGCAGCUGAGAGAAUGAGAGGAUGCAGUCUUAAGCUGUGUCAGGGGAAAUAUAGGUUAGGUGUUAGGAAAAAGUUUUUCACAGAAAGUAUAAUACAGUACUGGAAUAUUCUGCCCAAGGGUGUGGAGUCACCAUCCUUGGAUGUGUUUAAAAAAAGAUUGGAUAUGGCACUUGUGCCAUGGUUUAGUUGA